CUUAUUUAACAAGGCCUUGACCUGAUCCCGCCCUUCGACGCUUCUACUCUUGGUACCGGUACCCAUUCUCAGCGGUAUGGCACUCUUGAUCUUCCACCUUGAGCGUCUUUGCCAUACCCCCUAUUAACCAUUAACUUUACUCGGCAAACGGCCAUUCCAAUCCCCGUCUCUUCCACUUCUUUGAUACCUUCUCUUCAAACCUUUCUUUCCGGUAUGUUUAGCACCCGACCGCCGUCAGAUAUCUUUCCAGAAAUCUCUCUCUGUGUGUGCUUCUCUAGAGAUCCCCGUCUGUUCGUACCAUCCCAUCCAUCCAUUGACUCUCCGCCAAUUUGCGUCCUCUGGUCACCCGACUCGAAUGACGCCAUAGCUCUCAAAGUCACGUUCACAUCAACCACAGCCUGCACUAACCUUGAACAGGCCAGAGGUCGCGAGGUUAUAUCGUGCCUGGUCAGUCCACCAGAUCAGCUUAGCCGCGGUCGCCCAAAAAUCCUUUACAUACAUACAUGAGAUCUCACAUCUCGGUUACGCCGUUCGUCUGGAACAGGUUAACUCGAUAUGAGCGCUCCCCCCUUCCCCCCCCUUUUCCCAGUUAUCACAGUCCUGCUUGUCGCUUGUAACUUAUGUAACACGCUGCGAUGCGACAAUAGAUAUGUACACUCUAUCAACUGCCGUCAAACUCUCAAUGAAUGAACGUAUCUUCUUCUUCUUAAUGAUCUUCGUCGUCGUAAAGGUUGAAGCUACUUUCCACCAGCGUACUGGACCCAGUCGAGACCUCGCCCACUGGCACCAACACAGUCGAUCGCAGUCAUCUGCGCUGGUCAGGUUGUCAGACGAAAAGCAGCGGAACCAUUUGGUAUUUGGUGCCGCGGGAAGGGAGGAGAGGGGGGAAUUUGAUUUGUACACAGUCACCCCAAACCGCUCACAUGGGCCAAAGGUUGUCAAGAUUCAAACGCUCGCCACACCCGGAGUCAAGGCCCGAAGCCUAAGCCUUUGCUCGAAGGAUUCCAAUCAGUACCAAGUGAAACGGAUCCUCAUAGUCGGUGGAGCUUUAUUCCUAUUCCUGAUGACGAGCCUCCAGGUUGCGUUACCUCUUGGCGGGAACUGGGGCUACGAAGAUUUUGGCCUCGCAUGUCGAACCAACGCCAAGGCCUUCCUCGACGAGAAGAAUUAA